CAGUAGUUGCCUCAGAGCCCGCGGGUUGAAGAAAACGUACGCAUCGAGCGAGCCGAGCCGCGUCGCGUGUUACCAAACAAAGAAAAGCCAGAGAAUAGAAAAAAAAAAAAAACAAAAAGAAUAUAUACACAUAUAUACAAAAAAUAAAAAUACAAAAAUAUACGAAAAAAGAAAAACAAACAGUAGGAAAGCAAAGAUAACAAAAUUACAUUAAUCAAAGCCAAAUACGAAUCAAUUGAUAUUCGGACACUGGCCAAACCGAAGCUAACCGUUGUGUUCAUAAGCGGCAACGAAAAUGCCUCCUCUAAUGUCACGCAAAUGAGCAAACAAACACUCGAUUGUCACACGUUGCCGCUGCUGCGACUGCUGCUGCGGAACAGCGAGUCUGCGACCGAAACCGAAUCCGAUACCGAUACCGAUACCGCUACCGCUACCGCUACCGACACCGUGUCUGAGCCUGUGGCCGAGUCAUCGCCACUACUGCGAACGGCAGCACACUCUGAGAUUUCAGCACCGGCCCGUGCCACGUUUCACGCAGGGCGUGUGCUGCUUCAAUAUAAACACUGGCGACACCAGCAACCGCAGCAGCGCCAUAGCCAACAACAGCAACAGCUAAAUCAGCAGCAGCAACAUCAGCGUUAUUUGUGUGCCUGUCCCUAUCGAAACAUAUAUUCGCCUUUACAUUCGCAGUCGCAGUCGCAUUCGCAUUUGCAUUCGCAUCCGCAUCCGCAUUUAGAAACAUGUGCGCGCUCGCGUGUGAGUGUGUGUUUAAUUGAAAAGCCAUCGCCUUGCCACAGCACAAAUCCCUGGCAAAUGCAACUCAAUGCGGCUGUCUCUGAAAUCUCUGUAAACUAAAACGUCGAGUGUUGUUCAAUUCUCGUUCUCGUAAUAGCCGUCGCCGUCUCCGUCGCCGUCGCCGUCACGUCUGCCUCAGCCUUUGAAUCUCUGUCGCCGUUUCGGUCUCUCUCUCUCCCACUCUCCGCCUCUGUCGCUCUCUUUCACCCACGCCGUGUGUUUUCUUUGCCGUGUUGUUGGCUGCCUGUCAGCAGGUCUCGAAUUUCAUUUCGUUUCCGGUCUCGUACGUCGCUCGCUGGUUAUCUGGUCCCUGGUCCCUGGUCCUUGGUCCCUGGACCAGUGGCUGGCUGCCUGUUGGUCGCCCAGUCUGGCUGUCUGGGCAGCAGUUGGACUUAUUCUAACCUUUGCGGCGCGUUGACUUUUGUGCGCAAAUUGAUGUCAGCAAUCCAUGCCAACGCUCAAGACUGCAAACAGGAAUUGUUAAAACCUUCGACAACAAAGUGCUGCCAGCAACAAGAAAUCAACAAAAUAAAGAACAACAACAACAAAUAAUCACACUAUACAACUAGAAAUUAGCUACGAGCGCCAGGAAUUUAGCGAAACGUGAUCAUGGAAUUGUCAUUAAUCAGGCACUAGAUACGACAGCAGCAGAGUGCAACAGAGAGCAUCAAUCGCGCUAGCAACAACAAGAACAAUGAUAUGUGGCACUAAUUGAGGCGAGAGAGCACACGCAACACCUGGGGUCGCAGUAGAGGCUUUAGCUACGACAACUAGUAGACCUACCUAACCCGUGCGAAGGCUGCGUGCUGCUUUAAAGCGGCACCAUUGCUGCCAUUAAAAUAGACGCCGCAGCGCAACAGCAACGCUGCCGUCGUCACAAUCAACGCCAGCGCCAGCAUCAUCCGCACCAUCGUCAUCGCAGACGACGACGGCGCUUCCCAAGAUCGGGACUCGGCGCGGGCGAGCGCCUCGUUACGAGCGUUGGCGUUGCCCUUGGCUCAUGCAGCCCGCUGCUGGCAGCUCGGCCCAGAGACGACAGCAGCGACGACGACGGCAUAGCGAUACCAUCAACAUCCACAUCCACAUCCACUGGGGCAGCCGCCUUCACGCAGCUGCAGCCCGUCGACCAGCAGCGACGAAGGCGCCCUCACAACGGCCUGUCACUUGUAGGCAAUGCAACGCUCUGUGCAGCAACGGGUUGGACCUGGCCUAAGAUGGGUAGCGUGCUCUUCGCAGCUGUCUUCAUAGCACUACACUUUGCCACCGGCGGCCUGGCCAACCCAGAUGCUAAGCGACUGUACGACGACUUGCUGAGCAACUACAAUCGACUCAUACGACCCGUGGGCAACAACUCCGAUCGUCUGACGGUCAAAAUGGGUCUAAGGCUGUCCCAGCUGAUCGAUGUGAAUUUAAAAAAUCAAAUUAUGACUACGAACGUGUGGGUGGAGCAGGAGUGGAACGACUACAAAUUGAAAUGGAAUCCCGACGAUUACGGCGGAGUGGAUACCCUGCAUGUGCCCUCCGAGCACAUAUGGCUGCCGGAUAUAGUACUAUAUAACAACGCCGAUGGCAACUAUGAAGUGACAAUAAUGACAAAAGCAAUUCUUCAUCACACGGGCAAAGUGGUCUGGAAGCCGCCCGCCAUUUAUAAAUCCUUUUGCGAAAUUGAUGUCGAAUACUUUCCGUUCGACGAGCAGACAUGUUUCAUGAAGUUCGGCUCGUGGACAUACGAUGGUUACAUGGUCGACUUGCGGCACUUGAAGCAAACCGCCGACUCGGAUAACAUUGAGGUGGGCAUCGAUCUGCAGGACUAUUACAUCUCGGUCGAGUGGGAUAUUAUGCGUGUGCCGGCGGUGCGCAACGAGAAGUUCUACAGCUGCUGCGAGGAGCCCUACCUGGACAUCGUGUUCAAUCUGACGCUGAGGCGGAAGACGCUCUUCUACACGGUUAAUCUGAUCAUACCAUGCGUCGGCAUAUCAUUCCUGUCCGUGCUGGUAUUCUAUCUGCCCAGCGACUCGGGCGAGAAGAUCUCGCUCUGUAUCAGCAUCCUGCUGUCGUUGACUGUGUUCUUUUUACUGCUGGCCGAGAUUAUUCCGCCGACGUCGCUGACGGUGCCGCUGCUGGGCAAGUAUUUGCUCUUCACUAUGAUGCUGGUCACGCUGUCGGUUGUGGUAACCAUUGCGGUGCUGAACGUCAACUUUAGAUCACCAGUGACGCAUCGCAUGGCGCCGUGGGUGCAGCGCGUCUUCAUAAAAAUCCUGCCCAGGCUGCUCUGCAUUGAGCGGCCCAAAAAGGAGGACCCCGAAGAGGAUCAGCCGCCCGAGGUGCUCACAGACGUCUUUCAUUUGCCGCCAGACGUGGACAAGUUUGUUAACUAUGACACCAAGCGCUUUAGCGGCGACUACGGCAUACCAGUGUUACCCGCCUCUCAUCGCUUCGAUUUGGCGGCGGCCGGUGGUAUAGCCGCCCACUGCUUUAGCGAUCCGCCUCUGCCCUCCUCACUGCCACUGCCGGGCGCCGAUGACGAUCUGUUCAGUCCAUCGGGUCUCAAUGGCGACAUCAGCCCGGGCUGUUGUCCAGCUGCCGCUGCCGCAGCCGCAGCAGCCGAUCUCAGUCCUACAUUCGAGAGGCCCUACGCACGGGAGAUGGAAAAGACUAUCGAAGGCUCGCGCUUCAUUGCGCAGCACGUGAAAAACAAAGACAAGUUUGAAAGCGUUGAGGAGGACUGGAAAUAUGUGGCCAUGGUAUUGGAUCGUAUGUUUCUGUGGAUUUUCGCAAUCGCUUGCGUUGUCGGCACAGCGCUAAUUAUAUUGCAAGCGCCCAGCUUGUACGAUCAAUCGCAGCCGAUUGAUAUACUAUACUCGAAAAUAGCCAAGAAGAAGUUCGAGCUGCUCAAAAUGGGCAGUGAUAACUCCUUAUAGCGACCACUUGGGUUCGCAGCGGGCUGGUGGAAUUUAAUCGUCAGCUCGUUGCGAACCCUGUUCGCCGCUCGCGAUGAUGAUCGUGGAUAAUAUACAAUGAGCCAGACCAUGAGCGUCUCAUCGGUGUUGUUCAACACUAGCAGCAGCAACCAGAGCAGUAUCAGCAGCAAUAGUGUUCUUGCCAACAUUGCCAACAGCGAUACCGAUAACGAUAACGCAACGAUAACCAGCUCAUGGAGCCCAUUGUAAGCAGCGAAGCGAUGCGAACAUUGGAAAUUGAAGACAAACAAAACUAAAUUAAAAAUAAAUAAAACCAAAUACAAUCGAACGAUUGCGAUUGCGAUUGCGAGUUUACGAGCAGUUGAUCAAAACAUGUAUGUAAAGUAAAGGAAGGCAAGUAUUGUAGUGUUGCGUAACGCUAAUCACGUCAAUAACUGUGUUGCAAGAUCGACUUUGACAUACACACGUAAAUGACACUGACACGACAGCCCUCCAUGGCUGGCAAAGCUAAGGGCUUAGCUAUUAAGUUUUUGAUGGAUGUGUGCGUGAAGGAUCAUAUUUUAUGUAUGAACGUAUGUCAGUGUUGGAUGGUUGUGCAGUGUUGCGUCAUGUAGCAGCCAGAAUUGU